AUGUCUGACUUCUUUCUUUUUCCAGCACGAAACCUGCCUGAAACAUUAAAAUAUUGUGAUCCUCAACCUCUUCUCAAGGGUAGUGGUUUCUCUUGGGACUUUCAAGCCUCAGAAGCUUUGAAACAAAAUCUUAAGGAUGCUAUUCGUGAUCAUUUCAAAUUUUGGAAGGCUGGACAACUUGACAAAAUAAAAAUCCCACAUUACUUCAUUCUAGCAGGAGCUGGCGAAGGAAAAUCUCGCACUGCACAGGAAUUGCCGAAUUUGUUGAUCGAAUAUACAAAUGAUGAUGUUGACUUACAGAAUCGACUAAACUCUUAUGCAAUUGGUAGUCGAAUGGCCUUUCAGUUGUUACAACAGCCUGGUGAACAUUGGAGUAUAUUUAUGAAUCGAUAUAAUGUACUACCAGAAGAUGUCUUGUAUAGAAUUGCCAAACAUCACAAUCAGAAAUUCAAUGAUCUGAACGUAAUUAUUGUUCUGGAUGGGCUUCAGGCGGCAUUGAAUAACCUCGAUGAUGGAAAGAAUAAACGGUCUUUUUUUUAUGAUUGCAUCUCUACACUUGGCAGCCUUUUGCUUUCUGGACCAUUUAUUGUUAAUUGUUGUACGGCUACUAUCAGCAUGCCUAUUUACGAUUACUUUGCCAGUUCAGCUCAAUUAAGAAUCUUUCUUCCAACUACAUUAUUGAAACCUCCAGAAAUAAAUAACAGUCCGGUUUUUGCCAAUGAUCCAGUAAUAAAGAUGUUAGUUGAUGAUAUGGGAGGUCACGGACGUGCAUUGGAGGCUUUGGGAGAAGUACUUAAUGGUAGAGAUUUGAACGAAGUCAAUUUUAUCGACCUAAUAAAUGAUGUGCGAUCGACCCUUACAAAAAAUUAUUCAGGAUGGCUGAGUAAAAUCGAUUAUCUGCAACCUAUUUUCCGCAUUAUUUUAUCACACACACCUGUUAAAAAAAAUACUACUGUCUCUGGGCUUGAUGGAAAAGAAGUAAAAAUAGAUCAUUUGAUACAGUUUGGACUUAUUCAGUUUAAAAGUUCGGAUCCCGAUCAAAUUGUUGGUUAUCUAUCGUGUCCAUACAUUUGGUUAUGGAUUAUGGCUCAUGCAAACCAUGGGAAUGCAAAUGAUUAUUUGUUACGGAAUUGGGAUUUUUCUUACUACAAAGAAGUAUUUAACAGAAGUGGAGAAUCAAGUAUCCCACCUGGUUGCCAAUACUGGCAACAUUUUGAGUACUUUGUUGCACAAUUUCGCUCUCUAAAAUCAUAUGUCUAUGGUGAUGGGCAAAAAGUUGAUCUCUGUGCUAUUCAUAAUGGUGCAAAGCAUAAAUUUGUCCAAAAUUCCAUGAUAUAUAAUCGAAAUCUUACAUUAACACAUUCGGUUAGGAGGGUCAGCACCAAGUCUGGAGAUUAUAACCAAGAUAAAAAAAUUUUAUGCCAGGCUGAAGAAGUGGACAUUGCAGAAGCGAAACAUAUUAAUGGAAACACGCCAAUGCAAAUAGUAAAAGAUAACAUUUCUCAACAAAAAUUUGACGAUGAAUAUAAAAAAGCAACAAGUCAAGGGGAUACUUUUAUUUUAUAUACAUUAACGUCCUGCAAGGGACUUACGCUUCAGAACCCAAUGUCUGCUAUUAUUAGCAAAGAAAAUUGGAAGGAAUAUUUUGGACCCUUUGCUGGGAGGUGCUAUAAUUAUGCCAUGGGACCACCAGAUAUUAAUAAAGCGACCUAUACUCAGCUGACUGGAAUUGAGAAAAUUGGAAAAGAACGUGCUAUUACUAUCAUGAAAGAACGAAAAAGACACGAAUUCACUGAUAAGGAAGAUUGUAAUGCGAGAACCAAAAUUCCGCGUCAAGAUCUUGAUCCAUUUUUUUAG